AUUGUGAUGUGUGGGAAAGUGGUGUGAGAGUGAUGAGGACAGAAGUGGGGCAGUCACUAUCACCUGACAGCUGCAGCUGAGUGCUACCCACAUCUACUCACAGCCCACUACACUACUCUUGUGGGCUACUCAUCAGAUGGCUAUGUGGUGGUUGUGGAUACUGAUAGCAGAGCUUACGUCUACUCACUGUGUAACAGCGACUACUACUGUAACACCUUCUGUGAUUGGUAACUCUUCCAAACCAAGAGCAUUGGAUAUAGAGAACAGACAAGAUGUGACAAGCUACCAGGGUUACUAUCCGUAUCCUGGCCCUUACCCCACAUAUGGUCCACCUCCUACAUACGGACCCCCACCUUUUGAACCGCCCAUCGGAACGGUCCAAAUCGAGUUUGCGUUUGAUGAAAUCGUGUUGAGGUGUGUUGCGGAAGAACCUUUUGAGCACAUAGUAUGGAUUCGGUACCAGUGUCCGGAACAGUUCUUGUGUGGCAUGGAGGGAACCCAUGUGGCUGAUGGUUCCAACGUUCCACAAGACGAACUGUAUGACGUGCACAUCCGAGGUCAUGACGGCACGAUAAUCUCGGAGCUGCUCAUUAAGAGGCCACUAGACCCUGACAGUGAAGGGAUCUACCAGUGUGAGGCAUGGCCACAUAUUCACAACGGGGGUUAUCCUUUUGGACCCUACCCUCCUUACACCCCGCCGAGGUCUGACGUGUUCAUCAUCGGCAGCAACUCCCUGCUAGAGAACUGCUACCACAUCUGUGGCUUCACUCCGGCCACCAACAAACUCGGGGGCUUGAACAACAAGCAGAGCGUCACCAACAACGACAAGGACACCAAAGUGAAGCAGAAUCUCGUGUUUAAACCGCGCAGAAAUGUCACUGAGAGCAGAAAAGACUCUAAUUCGAAACAGUUACGGUAUAAUCUCAAAUACACUGAUAAUACGCUUUAUAAUGUAGACGGCGUGAAUGUCACCGCAGAGUAUUUCCGUCCGAGUAAAAACAACCCAUUCAAUUUGAGCAGGCUUCCUAACAAUGAACAAAAGGGCGUCGUUCAGAAAUAUCAAAAUAAUUAUUCAACUUCUGUAUUCGAUUUUACGGGCAGAAGUAAUGAUAAAUUUAGAGAUAUAGUGCCAAAGUUUAAUUCAAGAAAAGGAAGAAUAUCAAACCCACAUGUCAAUGCAUCUGCUGAUGAUCAGGAAAACAGUUAGAAGUCUAAUAAACUUGGUGUGAAUUGUAUUGUAUAUUCUCCUAACCGAUUAUUUGUACUGUAUAAUUUAAUACCAAUAUUUAAUAUUCCUUUUUUAUUAGGUUUAAAUACAACUAAGUUAAGAUAAUACAAUAUUGUAAUUUUAUUAAAUUAUG